AUGCCAGUGCAAGCUGGGAAGUACGAGUGGUCUUCAGGAGAGGAUGAGAGCGAGGAAAUCAAGGUCUUCGUGCCGAUUGAGGACAGUGUUAAGGCCAAAGACUGUGAUGUGAAGAUUACCAAAAAGGCGCUGAAGGUGGGUUUGAAAGGGCAAGAGCCGGUUAUUGAUGAUACGCUUUGGAAGGAGGUGGAUCCAGAUGAAUCCAAUUGGGAGUUGGAGAAGGAUAGCAAAGGAACGCGAUGCAUCGUGAUUUCCUUGCUGAAGAAGUCCAAGUGGGAUCGAUGGGAAUACCUGGUGAAGUGUGAGGAUGUGCCACCAGACACCAGCAUCACCAACAAGGUCUUUAUGGAGAUCUCCCUGGAUGGUGAGAAGCUUGGUCGAAUUCUUAUGGGCCUUUAUGGAAAGCAGGUGCCAAAGACAGCUGAGAAUUUCAGAGCCCUCUGCACUGGAGAGAAGGGCGAGGGCAAGGCCGGAAAGCCCUUGCACUAUAAGGGUAGCGGCUUCCACAGGAUUAUCCCGAAGUUCAUGUGUCAGGGUGGCGACUUCACGGCUGGCAAUGGAACUGGUGGAGAAUCCAUUUAUGGAGAGAAGUUUGCGGAUGAAAAUUUCAAGGUGAAACAUACCAAGCCUGGGCUCCUGUCCAUGGCGAAUGCUGGCCCGGGAACUAACGGCAGCCAGUUCUUCAUCACCGUCAAGGAGACGCCUCACUUGGACAUGAAACAUGUGGUCUUUGGGGAAGUCUUGGAGGGCUAUGAGGAGGUGGUCAAGAAGAUGGAAGCAGCUGGGUGGUCAUCGAAGAUUGCGGAGAGCUGUGAGAAAAGUAACGACGCUGCGGACCAAGAUUGUUCGGGACGAGAUCAGGUGGACUCGCAAGAUGUACUGCUCAUCAGAUUGUCACAGAUGGAAUUCACAGCUGUCACAGCACUGCACAAAGCCCCAACAGAGGUAAACGUGGCCGUGGAUGACUGGCAAAAAGCCAAAGAAACAGGAGAUGAGCAGAAGGUGAAGGAGGCGAAGGAGGAAGUGAAAGAGGCGGAGGCGAAGGUCGAAAAGGCGAAGAAGGAGGUGGAAAAGGCGGAGGAGAAAGUGAAACAGGCAAAGAAGGAAGUGAAUGAGGCGGAGGAGAAGGUGAAAGCCCAGCAGGAGAAGGUGCCAGGCUUCCAGUCUCUCACUGAGCUUCUUGGAAGGCUGCUUUUUUCCGAUGCCGUGCCGCUGAAUGACAGAAAGGCCACUUAUUCUUCAGCGUCUUCGUACAUUGUCGACUUGGGCAGGGGCCCGUUCAACGGGGAACUGGCCCUGCAAAAGACCAAUUUGAAGGCACAGCUUCUAGAUCGUGAGCAGGAAGUGCAACUUAUUGUGGAGAUGUUGCUGGAAAGGUCAAACAAAUUGUUUGGCAAACGUUCGUCAGACAAGGCUUUCUCGCCAGCCAUCCUAGUGGCGCAGGCACCUGGAGCAGGCAAGAGCCAUUUCCUGGCCGUGCUUGGAGAGGAGAUUCCCAUGCUGUACGACCUGGAUGGCAAAAACCAGACACCAAUCGUCUCGGCUUUCACCUACAACUCUGGAAUGGGUUUGAUUAUCAGUGACAAUCCAGAGGCUGACUUGGCGCUGCGGGUUCUUUAUGGUGCCGCAAGGCACAUGAGCAGGACAACGUGCGAGUGGCGUGACUUCUUAAGAACAUGGAAAUCUCGGGAGAUUGACUCGAUUGACAUCGAUUUAGCUGUGGAAAUCCUGCGCAGAUGGUACGGUGACCGUCCCGUUGUGAUCCUGGCUGACGAGCUUGGGAAGUCGAAGGACGAAGCUUUGGUGCGCCAGGAGCUUUGCAGAGCCAUGGACCUUUGGGGAGGCCAAAUUUUUGUCGUGAUGUCUGGUCUCACCAACUACGAAGCAGUUGUGAAGAUGUUCAGGGGCAGCCAGCGAGAGGUGUACAUUCACACUUUAACAGUGCUGGGUACUGAAGCCUACGACCUUUUUUCUGCCAAGCUCAAUGAACUGCAGCAGAAUCAGGCAAAAGGUAUCAAGAGGGACAUCUUGGAGUACCGCAUUUCUCUUGCCUGGGGAGCUACUGGCGGCUACGCACGGGCCAUUGAGAAGAUGGCGAAAUACAUCAGAGACUUUGCCCAAGGUCUUGAAGCUGGAGUUGUCUCCAGGGCCACAACACACCUUGCAGAAGAAGUUAAUAACUUGCCCCCAAUGUUUUCCACGGGCAAUCUGGAAUCUUUACUAGAGAUAUGGGAACGAGAAGAUCCUUCUUUUCUGUCUCGGAUGACAAUUGUGAAUCUGAUGCCUGAAGCCACCUACAAAGGGAGUGUCCUAAUAGACUCGCUUACGCAGGGGAGGAUGCAAGUCUUGUACCUCCCAACUGUUGCUCCGUGGCAUGCAGCCCGCUUCUUCACGCAGAUGCAAACUCACAAGAACCUGCCACCGAGAUGUGCCAAACUCAUGGGUUUCGCCGGCAGGGCAUAUAAAAACAAACUCGAUGCCAUUGAGAGCAGCAACGUCCAGACCAUGAAACAAGCCAGCUCGUACUUCACUGAAAUUGUGGCGGCUUUUGCUGCCAUGUUUGCGAUCGUGAGGAAGUACAAGAAGCUGCCACCACUUCUGACACGGGGUACGGCACGAAGCAUUUGCGACAUCGGCCUUGAUGAUUCGUUCUUGCAGGAUGAAGAACUUGCCAUGAAAAGCAAGGAGGAUGCAGAUGAGAAGUUAGCAUCAUUUUUGGAAAAAGCCGUGGAACUGAGCAAACAGAAGGGCAAGGAGCAACCCUUCUUAGUGAUCAUGGCUCCGCCCAACUGCAAGGCAGUUGAUUUUGUCAUCUUCUGCCAAGAUGAGAACAGUUUUGUGGCUGUUCAGGUGAAAUCCAAUUUUGUGACUGAGGCCAAAACCCAGAAUGAACAAAAGGCAGCCUUGCUGCAAGCAGCGAAGGACAUCCGCUCUGCAAGUGUCUCAUUGCAGCCUGUGGCCUUCCUUGCUAUAGUCGGCUCCAACUACACAGAAACACAGGACUUGAAGGCUGACACGUUUCUCCUGCAGCAAGAGGAUCUCGUUGCCCUCAUCCCGCCCUUUCUGCGUCAACUCUCGGGUCUCGCUGCAGGGGUGCAAAGCGUGGAAUGUGAGGAUGCGUGAGUGGAAAAAGAUGGAAA